AUGCAGUGUGCAAUGGUGUCACCUAAAAGUGGUGCUCUUUUCGAAAAAGAACUAAUAUUACAAUACGUUAAUGAAUAUCAUAAAGAUCCAAUAUCGUCAGAUCCAUUAUCUAUAGAUGAAUUGAUCGAAAUAAGGCAAUCACCAUACCAAGCACCAAGACAACCAACUCUUAAUUCAAUCCCAUCUCUAUUAUCAUCAUUACAAAAUGAAUGGGAUUCAGUUGCAUUAGAAUUAUUUCAAUUAAGAAAACAAUUAGAUGAUACUAGAAAAGAACUAUCUACAGCUUUAUACCAUCAUGAUGCAGCUGUUAGAGUUGCUUCAAGGGCUAUAAAGGAAAGAGAUGAAGCUAGAGCUGCAUUACAAGAGUUAACCAUAUCUAUAAGUAAUGGUAAUCCAAUUCAAGGUCAACAAGUUGAUCAAUCACAAGCACAAGACCAAGGUGAAACUCGUGGUCCGAUUGCUCCAGAUCCUGAAUUACUUGAAAAUGUCAAACAAGCUGUUACAGAAGCUAACUCCCAAUUGUUUGCUGAACAUAAAGCUACAAAACAUAAAGUAAAUACCAACUUAGGCACACAAUUGACUUCAGUUAAAAACUUUGUGGAUCCUGCUAAAGCACCUUUAAAAGAAGCUGUUUCAAUUUCAGUUGUCGGAUCAAAACCUUAUAUUACAUCUAAGACUGGUAUAACCUAUGUAUACAGUGCUGAAUCAAAUCAAUAUAUCAAAUCUGAAGCUGUGCCAAAGUCAAAAGAUAUUAAUAUUAUUGGUGAGGUUGAAAAAGAUGGUCAAGUUGUUUCUAUAGCAGGUACAACUGAUAAAAAAUUCAUUGACAUUAAUGGUGAAAAACAAGCUUUUGAUUCUGUUAUCGAACAAUUCUUAACACAUCCUUCUAUCAAAGAUUUAUAUGUUAUUGUUGAUUCUAAUCAAGGAUAUUCUGUUUAUCAAGAUGCAAAAAAUGUCAUCAAUAGUACACUCCCUUCAAAUUCUACAGCUGCUGAUAUACAUCCUGAUGGUUCAUUGGUUGGAUUUGGUCAUGCUGAAGGUAAUAUCACCAUUUUGGAUUUGAAAAGUUUUGAAAUUGUAAAGACUCUUGAAUCAACAGCUGGUAGCGUUAAUAAUAUCUUAUUUGGUAACAAUGGGUACUGGUUAUAUGUAAAUUAUCAAUCACAAAGCUCAAAUAUAAUAAGAGUUUGGGAUUUAAGAAAAGAUUCAUAUAGUGAUAUCCAAACUACUAAUCCAACUGUGAAACUUCUAAGUGAUAAAUCAGGUCAUUUAAUCAUAAGUUUACAUUCACAGGGUAUUGAAGUCUUCCAAUACAAUAAGAAGGCUAAGGAUUGGGUUGUUAAAAGUAAUUUGGAACUUCCUAUUUCUGGUGAUAUUACAAAUGGUUGGUUAAUUGAUGAUCAACAACCUGAACAAUUAGUAGUUGGUGUUGUCAGUAAAACUUCAGCUGUCGAACAAUUCGUACUCUCAGAAUGA